GUGGCCUCAUCAAAGGACAGGGUGCUGCCGGCAGUGGCAGAGACAGGCCGACUGCUCAACCUGCUGCCAAACAGCAAACGAGUCAUCCUCCCCACUAGUGGCCACACAGUACUCCUGGAGGCUGACGUGGACAUUGCUGCCAUCCUCGCCACUCACGGCUUCGCUCCCACCAAUCACGCGCUGCCACGCGAGCGUGGCGAGCGUUCGGUUGUUGCGAACAGCAACGAGGCAGCCACUCAGCGAGAGGCACAGGAGGGUGUGAUUGGACGAGACGGAGAGGCGGCCCUCAUUGGGCGAGAAGGAGAGGAGGUAGCAGGAGGGGAGCCUUCUGCAGCUGUUCCGACCCAGGCGUUGCAGGGAGGUGGGGGAGCUGGGGGGUCUGAAGCUCCUCUGAGAGAGCAGAAGGACUUGCAGGCAGUUGAAGGGCAGAAGAUGGGGGAUCGUACAGAGGAUGGGAGUGGGAGGGGCGAAGGAGACGACGCUGGUGUCGCCACUGGUGGUGGGCGAGGGCAGCCUGCAGCUCGUGCAGCAAGAGCUAUCCUCUGGUCUCCGCUAUCCUCUGGUCUCCGCUAUCCUCUGCUAUCCUCUGGUCUCCGCUAUCCUCUGGUCUCCGCUAUCCUCUGGUCUCCGCUAUCCUCUGGUCUCCGCUAUCCUCUGGUCUCCGCUAUCCUCUGCUAUCCUCUGGUCUCCGCUAUCCUCUGGUCUCCGCUAUCCUCUGGUCUCCGCUAUCCUCUGGUCUCCGCUAUCCUCUGGUCUCAGCUAUCCUCUGGUCUCCGCUAUCCUCUGCUAUCCUCUGGUCUCCGCUAUCCUCUGGUCUCCGCUAUCCUCUGGUCUCCGCUAUCCUCUGGUCUCCGCUAUCCUCUGCUAUCCUCUGGUCUCCGCUAUCCUCUGGUCUCAGCUAUCCUCUGGUCUCCGCUAUCCUCUGGUCUCCGCUAUCCUCUGGUCUCCGCUAUCCUCUGGUCUCAGCUAUCCUCUGGUCUCCGCUAUCCUCUGGUCUCCGCUAUCCUCUGCUAUCCUCUGGUCUCCGCUAUCCUCUGGUCUCCGCUAUCCUCUGGUCUCCGCUAUCCUCUGGUCUCCGCUAUCCUCUGCUAUCCUCUGGUCUCCGCUAUCCUCUGGUCUCAGCUAUCCUCUGGUCUCCGCUAUCCUCUGGUCUCCGCUAUCCUCUGGUCUCCGCUAUCCUCUGGUCUCCGCUAUCCUCUGGUCUCCGCUAUCCUCUGGUCUCCGCUAUCCUCUGGUCUCCGCUAUCCUCUGCUAUCCUCUGGUCUCCGCUAUCCUCUGGUCUCCGCUAUCCUCUGGUCUCCGCUAUCCUCUGGUCUCAGCUAUCCUCUGGUCUCCGCUAUCCUCUGGUCUCAGCUAUCCUCUGGUCUCCGCUAUCCUCUGGUCUCCGCUAUCCUCUGGUCUCCGCUAUCCUCUGGUCUCCGCUAUCCUCUGGUCUCCGCUAUCCUCUGGUCUCCGCUAUCCUCUGGUCUCCGCUAUCCUCUGGUCUCCGCUAUCCUCUGGUCUCAGCUAUCCUCUGGUCUCCGCUAUCCUCUGCUAUCCUCUGGUCUCCGCUAUCCUCUGGUCUCCGCUAUCCUCUGGUCUCCGCUAUCCUCUGGUCUCCGCUAUCCUCUGGUCUCCGCUAUCCUCUGGUCUCCGCUAUCCUCUGGUCUCCGCUAUCCUCUGGUCUCCGCUAUCCUCUGCUAUCCUCUGGUCUCCGCUAUCCUCUGGUCUCAGCUAUCCUCUGGUCUCCGCUAUCCUCUGGUCUCCGCUAUCCUCUGGUCUCCGCUAUCCUCUGGUCUCCGCUAUCCUCUGGUCUCCGCUAUCCUCUGGUCUCCGCUAUCCUCUGGUCUCCGCUAUCCUCUGGUCUCCGCUAUCCUCUGGUCUCAGCUCAAUUGUGACUUGAUUGAAGCGUGCUGUUUGCUGCCUGACGCACGGCAUCUACUGAUUCGCACUCUCUUACCCGACUCCAUUCUCCUUUCUCCUUCCUCCGCUGUCUGUCACCCCCCCUGUGUCCCGCCCUCUCUGUCCCGCCCACUCUGCCCCGCCCUCUCUGCCCCUCCCUCUCUGCCCCUCCCUCUCUGUCCCGCCCUCUCUGCCCCUCCCUCUCUGUCCCUCCCUCUCUGUUCCCACUCUCUCUGCCCCUCCCUCUCUGUCCCGCCCUCUCUGCCCCUCCCUCUCUGCCCCUCCCUCUCUGCCCCUCCCUCUCUUUCCCGCCUCUCUGUCCCGCCCUCUCUGGUCCCACUCCUCUCACCACCAGCUGGCCCAGCAACCCAAUCGCACUGUACAUGCGAUGCGGGGAUUUAUGUGCCCUACUCCCCCCGUCUCCCCUCCCUCCCUUCUCCUCCUCCACUCCCCUCCCUCCCUGCGCAGCUGUACAUGAGGGGAUUCAAGUGUCGCUGUCUUGCGCACCCCAGCUUCUGGCUCCAGGAAUCUCUGGCAGAGCUUGUGGAAAGGAUUCUCUGGCAGAGCUCGUGGAAAGGUGAGGUGGGUUGUGGUGCUGCUUCAAGUGAGGUGGGUUGUGGUGCUGCUUCAAGUGAGGUGGGUUGUGGUGCUGCUUCAAGUGAGGUGGGUUGUGGUGCUGCUUCAAGUGAGGUGGGUUGUGGUGCUGCUUCAAGUGAGGUGGGUUGUGGUGCUGCUUCAAGUGAGGUGGGUUGUGGUGCUGCUUCAAGUGAGGUGGGUUGUGGUGCUGCUUCAAGUGAGGUGGGUUGUGGUGCUGCUUCAAGUGAGGUGGGUUGUGGUGCUGCUUCAAGUGAGGUGGGUUGUGGUGCUGCUUCAAGUGAGGUGGGUUGUGGUGCUGCUUCAAGUGAGGUGGGUUGUGGUGCUGCUUCAAGUGAGGUGGGUUGUGGUGCUGCUUCAAGUGAGGUGGGUUGUGGUGCUGCUUCAAGUGAGGUGGGUUGUGGUGCUGCUUCAAGUGAGGUGGGUUGUGGUGCUGCUUCAAGUGAGGUGGGUUGUGGUGCUGCUUCAAGUGAGGUGGGUUGUGGUGCUGCUUCAAGUGAGGUGUGUUGUGGUGCUGCUUCAAGUGAGGUGGGUUGUGGUGCUGCUUCAAGUGAGGUGGGUUGUGGUGCUGCUUCAAGUGAGGUGGGUUGUGGUGCUGGUGAAAUGGUGGGCUCGGGGCGUUUUGUGGGAGGGUCUUUCAGCGUCGCCCCGUGCCUUAUACGAGCUGCUCAAAGUACGUUGUUGCUCAUCACAGUGUUGCUCAUCACAGUGUUGCUCAUCACAGUGUUGCUCAUCACAGUGUUGCUCAUCACAGUGUUGCUCAUCACAGUGUUGCUCAUCACAGUGUUGCUCAUCACAGUGUUGCUCAUCACAGUGUUGCUCAUCACAGUGUUGCUCAUCGCAGUGUUGCUCAUCACAGUGUUGCUCAUCACAGUGUUGCUCAUCGCAGUGUUGCUCAUCACAGUGUUGCUCAUCACAGUGUUGCUCAUCACAGUGUUGCUCAUCACAGUGUUGCUCAUCACAGUGUUGCUCAUCACAGUGUUGCUCAUCACAGUGUUGCUCAUCACAGUGUUGCUCAUCACAGUGUUGCUCAUCACAGUGUUGCUCAUCACAGUGUUGCUCAUCACAGUGUUGCUCAUCACAGUGUUGCUCAUCACAGUGUUGCUCAUCACAGUGUUGCUCAUCACAGUGUUGCUCAUCACAGUGUUGCUCAUCACAGUGUUGCUCAUCACAGUGUUGCUCAUCACAGUGUUGCUCAUCACAGUGUUGCUCAUCACAGUGUUGCUCAUCACAGUGUUGCUCAUCACAGUGUUGCUCAUCACAGUGUUGCUCUUCACAGUGUUGCUCAUCACAGUGUUGCUCAUCACAGUGUUGCUCAUCACAGUGUUGCUCUUCACAGUGUUGCUCAUCACAGUGUUGCUCAUCACAGUGUUGCUCAUCACAGUGUUGCUCAUCACAGUGUUGCUCUUCACAGUGUUGCUCUUCACAGUGUUGCUCAUCACAGUGUUGCUCAUCACAGUGUUGCUCAUCACAGUGUUGCUCAUCACAGUGUUGCUCAUCACAGUGUUGCUCAUCACAGUGUUGCUCAUCACAGUGUUGCUCAUCACAGUGUUGCUCUUCACAGUGUUGCUCUUCACAGUGUUGCUCAUCACAGUGUUGCUCAUCACAGUGUUGCUCAUCACAGUGUUGCUCAUCACAGUGUUGCUCAUCACAGUAUUGCUCAUCACAGUGUUGCUCUUCACAGUGUUGCUCAUCACAGUGUUGCUCAUCACAGUGUUGCUCAUCACAGUGUUGCUCUUCACAGUGUUGCUCUUCACAGUGUUGCUCUUCACAGUGUUGCUCUUGACUCUUGAGGCGCCCCAAAAUUCAUCUCGAAAGACUCGACCGUGUCCGCGCUGCUGUUUCCACCCCCCACCUCCCGCCUCAGCAGUGUUUGUCCCCUCAGCAGUGUUUGUCCCCUCAACAGUCUUUGUCCCCUCAGCAGUGUUUGUCUCCUCAACAGUCUUUGUCCCCUCAACUCUCUCCUCCCCCUCCGCCACGCACUGCCAUGUGCCUCGUUGGGACCCACCCCAUCAGGCGGGCAGGCACGUGCUCGAGGGAGGGCCCGCGCUAGUGUUCCCUGGGGGCUCCAAAGAGACGUGCCGCCUCAAGGGUGAGAGGUAUCAGCUGAGGUGGGGAAUUGGCGAGGGCAACAGAGGCAGCAGCGGCGGCAGUGGCGACGGUGGCAUGAUGCGCAUGGCAGCGAAGCUCAACGCCAUCAUUGUGCCCUUCGCCAUGGUCGGCGCUGACGACGCCCUUGACCCGACCCCCAUCCUCUCCCCUCUCUUACCCCCUCUUUCCGCCCUCCCCUCCCCUUCUCAUCCAUCCCCAUCCCCCCAUCCACCUCCCACCAGCUUUGACUUUGCUCUAGACCGAACGGACGUGCUGGCCUCCCCUUUGGGAAAGCCUUUCCGCUCCUUAUUUGACAUUGCUCUAGACCGAAACGACCUCCUGGCCUCUCCGCUGGGAAAGCCCUUUCACUCCUUUUUUGACAUUGCUCUAGAUCGGAACGACCUCCUGGCCUCUCCGCUGGGAAAACCCUUUCGCUCCUUGUAUGAAUCUCUCAGUCUUGACCCUGACACUGACAUCAGCCCUGUCACAACCAUUCCCGGCACCAACUUCCCCAGUCUAAUUCCCCUUCCCAGUCGCCUGGAGAGAGUGUAUUUUUAUUUCAGCACACCUAUUGACUUCAAGGACCUUCCACCUUCUGCGUUACAGGUGUGA